AUGCCCUCGCCGAGUGCCGAGGAGCCCGAUUUGGUGUUCCGCGGUGCCGAGGAUCAGCCACAACAACGGACGAAAAUGAGUCGACGAAUGAUUGGGCUGCUCCUUCUCUUCUUUGUCAACAUUCUAUGGGUUUUGUCAUCCGAAUUGCUACGGUACAUUUUCAUCGAGGAGGGCUUUAAACGACCAUUUUUCGUCUCAUGGCUGAAAAAUUGCAUGCUUUCCGUCUACCUCUUACGAUACUUGUUCUCCAAUGGAAAUCCCGAAAGGCCAUCUGAGAAAGCCUAUAAAAUUUUGAUGGAGGAUUUGGACGAGAAUUCGUUGACAACCGAGGGAUUUGAGACGAUGACGUCAUCGGAUAAUGAUUCGGCCAUUGAGGAGAAUCGUUCCACGACGAGGAGUGUCCGAUUUGCGCCGCAUAGAGAGGUGCGUCGAAUGCCCGACGGGGAAGCGAACGAGGCGCGCGCGGCUCGUCGCCCAUUUGAUCCCACCGAAUGCACGAUCUCUUGCUCGUGGACAAUUCAGAGACACAUCCGAUGGACGUUGCUAUUCUUUGCACCAAUGUGGUUGGUGUGCUCAUUCACUUUUCAAACGGCUCUUGCCUUCACUUCAGUGGCCGAUCUCAAUCUCAUCUCCUCAUCGUCAUCCCUUUUCGUUCUGGUUUUUGCCAUUUGUAUCCCCGUCGAGGGACAACGUUUCACGCUAUUAAAGGCUUUCCUCGUUGGUCUGAAUUUGGCGGGAGUGGCGCUCGUCUCCGAGUAUUCGAUGCCGUUUUGGGGAGCCAUCUUUGCACAAAUCUCCGCCAUCUCGUACGCUCUUUAUCUCACCGCCUACGCGCGUUAUCAAUGGAAAUACGGGACGCUCAACAUUGAUCUCAUGUUUGGAACGAUCGGUUUAAUGGCCGUUUUGGUGGGAUCUCCGAUGCUCUUUGUGAUGGAUUCGCUCAAAAUCGAACCACUCUACCCAUUGCCUAAUGGUACACAAGUUGGCUCGAUUCUGGUGGCUGGAGUUUUUGGUACAAUGCUCGCCGACUAUUUGUGGCUACUCGGCGCUGGGAUGACCGAUUCCCUGUCGGCUUCUUUAUCGAUGACACUCUCGAUUCCGUUUUCUUUCAUCGCUGAUGCAGGCCUUCGCGGAAAAACCCCGUCAGCAAUCGAAUUGAUCGCCGCUCUUCCCAUCGUCAUUUCUUUCAUCGGCGCCGCUUUACUAGAGGGAAGAGGACGAGAGAUUGUUUCAAGAAUACAGCGGGAUCACGGUGAUCAAAUGGGCGACACGGAGACGCUGCUUGUCGAGGAGGAGCUGGAGGAUGGGAUU